UGUUUGUCCGCAGGCAGUUUGCCGCUUAACCUCUGAGCGGUGACACGUUCUAAACUGCUGCGAGCUUUGUAAGCACGCGUAAACGCGACUAGUUUUAUUUUCUAUUUUUAAAUUAAAUUUACGUUGUUAAUAUAAUAUGAGUAAAUCAUUGGGGCGUGUAAAACGCACACUUCAUUGAUUCGUCUAAUUUGAAGUGGUUUACUAGUGGACUGUGAAAUAUAUGAACACUCUGUGUAAAGGGAUUAAGAGGUGUGUAUACGCGGAGCUCUCUCGGAACUAAGUGAAAGUUCGCUAUAAUUUACUGUGAGACAGUUGACAACAGUGAAAAAAGACAAAACAAUGGAACACAUUCUUCGACAAAGGAGGAUAAGUGUACCCAAACGGACGAGUCAGUUGGUUGCGCUGGUCGCUGUAUCCUGUACCCUGUUCCUGUUUCUUCACACAAGGGAUCUCAACACCAAGCUGAGGAAUAUGGAGCGCCUCAACGACGUCACCGCCUUCAACCACCUAACUGACAAGAUUCAGACUGAUCGUUCCGAACACGCUUAUGCAUCAGCUCAAGAAUACAAAGAAGCCUUGGAGGCUAUACGCAGAAACACAGGAGCCGAACGCAGUAGACCGCAGCGUACUUUAGAAGAGACGAAUAGAUCGGAGGAAGAUCUGGAUGCACCAGAUGAAGUGAUACCAGAGCCCUGGGAACUGAAUAAUACUGCGAGAGCUGAUAUAGAGCUGUUGUUCUUUAAUAGAGUGCCGAAGGUCGGCAGUCAGACCUUCAUGGAAUUACUAAGACGACUCGCUAUAAAGAAUCAGUUUGGUUUCCACCGAGAUUCUGUGCAGCGUGUCGAGACGAUCCGCCUGGCUCCUGCUAACCAGCAAGUUCUAGCCAGUGUGGUGACGUCACACGCGCCGCCGGCCUCGUACAUUAAACAUGUCUGCUACACUAACUUUACCAGAUUCGGUUAUCCUUCUCCGAUAUACGUGAACGUAGUUCGUGAUCCCGUAGAACGCGUCAUCUCGUGGUACUACUACGUGCGCGCCCCCUGGUACUACGUGGAAAGGAAACAAGCCUUCCCUGACCUUCCACUACCGGAUCCAGCGUGGUUAAAGAAGGACUUUGAGACGUGCGUGUUAAGCGGCGAUCGCGAGUGUCGCUAUUUGGAGGGCGAGACUCACGAGGGUAUUGGAGACCACAGGAGACAGACGCUGUUCUUCUGCGGACACGAACCACAGUGCACGCCAUUCAACAGUGUGGAGGCGCUACAACGAGCUAAGCGAGUUGUCGAACAGCAGUACGCUGUGGUUGGAGUGCUGGAAGACCUGAAUUCAACGCUGCUGGCCUUCGAGAGAUACAUACCCAGGUUCUUUACGGGCGCACUCAAAAUGUACUGGGAGGAGCUGAACACAUUCAACAGAAUAAAUAGGAACCACUUCAAACUACCCGUCUCCGAGGCUGUUAAGCAAAUCGUCCGAGCAAACUUCACCAGAGAAAUUGAAUUCUACGAGUUCUGCAAACAGAGACUUCACUUACAACUGAAGGCGCUCAGAGAUCCAUCGAUCAUACUUCCAACACACAAACAAACCCAAUCAACACACUUAUAUAACAAUAUGGUAUAGUAAUAAAGACUGUUGUAACAUAGAGAAAUAUUAAGAAAUCAUAUUGAAAUUUAAAAAAAAAUGUGUUCAAUUUCUGUCAAAAAAUAAUACGUAGAAUAUAAAAAUUACUAUUUCAAUAGUCACAGAUUAAAAUAAAUUCCCACAUGUAU